CUCUUUUGGGCCAUACCACCUAUCCUUGAAGCGUCUUUGUUGAAGUGGCGUCUUUCCUCAAACUGAACGUGCGUGUUUUCUCAAACUGAACGCCGAAGCCGCUCCUUUUCACCGCAACUCGGACGAGGAGGCGCAGGAGAGACAGUAGGAAGGAAAUAUAUAUGCAGAGAGACUCGGCCAAAUGGGAAACCUCCCCGUCGAGAACGGAGUAGGUGGUUUAGUCCUACAACAUGGCGGCCACCAUGAAGAAAGCGGCGGCAGAAGACGUUAAUGUUACUUUUGAAGAUCAGCAGAAAAUCAACAAGUUUGCUAGAAACACCAGUAGAAUUACAGAAAUAAAAGAAGACAUAGACGAUAAGAAGAAACAGCUCCAGAACCUGCAAGAUGCUUGUGAUGACAUUCUGGUGCUUGACGAUGAUUCAUUAUUGAUACCAUAUCAAAUUGGAGAUGUCUUCAUUAGUCACCCCCAAGUUGAAACAGAAGAGAUGUUGGAGGAGGCAAAGAAAAACUUACAGGAAGAAAUUGGAACUUUGGAAGCACAAGUGGAAUCCAUCCAAAGAAUACUAUCAGAUCUUAAAGUCCAGCUUUAUGCAAAGUUUGGCAACAAUAUAAAUCUCGAGGCAGACGAUAAUUAAAUAGGAAUAGAAAUAGUAUUGGAAGUUUUUGUACUAAUUAUUUUUGCUUCAUGGUCCAUUUUUUGAGAAACCCCGCUUUUCUUUAAAUUACAUUUUUGUUUCAUGUAUUUAAUUACAUACAUUCUUAUUUAUAUGUUUAAACAAAUUUAUCCAAAUUCUCUGGUGUGUUAUUAAAGGUGGGUGCUUACAAGUUUACUGAAAAAAGUAAUAAAGCUCACAGAAAUACA